ACAGUACAGACUACAGUACAACACACUAAACAACUCUCCCUGAAAAACUUCUCAAAUUGCUCUCAACACUUUGCUCUUCCUCUCCUUCCUCUCUACAUUGUUAGGAUAAGGGGGCUUUUGACUGCUUUCUGUGUUGCUUGGGAGUUCCUGAUUCCAAUUGAAUGGUGUGAAGACAUACUUUGGCAUUUGCUUUACCAAGGUGUGCUUUAAAAUAGAUGGAAGAAAGCCCAACCUCGACUUCAUUUGGUGGGAAAAUAACCAGAAUUUCAUUUAGUUUAGCAACUCAGCAAGAAAUUUGCAAAUCAUCUAUCAGUGACUGUGCCAUAACGCAUGCUAGCCAGCUUUCAAAUCCUUUUCUUGGGUUGCCACUUGAAGCUGGAAAAUGUGAAUCCUGUGGUGCUUCUGAGCCUGGGCAGUGUGAAGGUCAUUUUGGCUACAUUGAGCUACCAAUUCCUAUAUAUCAUCCUGAUCAUGUUCGUGAGUUGAAGAGAUUGUUGAGCUUGCUGUGCUUGAAGUGCUUGAAGAUUAGAAACAGGAAGUUUCAGGUCAAGAAUGUUGGUGUCCUGGAAAGGAUGUUAUCCUCAUGUUGUGAGGAGGCUUCGCAAGUGGCAAUAAAUGAGGUUAGAAAUCCAGAUGGUGCAUUAUACCUGGAACUGAAAGUACCAUCGAAAAUAAGACUGCAGGGAAAUGUUUGGAGUUUCUUGGAAAAGUAUGGAUAUCGUUAUGAUAAGAACCCUCGACCAUUGCUUGCUUCUGAGGUUAUGGCUAUGCUGAGAAGAUUAUCUUCAGACACAAAAAAGAAGCUUUCAGCUAAAGGAUACUUUCCACAAGAUGGAUACAUUCUUCAGUACUUGCCCGUUCCUCCAAACUGUUUGUCUGUGCCUGACAUUUCUGAUGGAACUAACAUUAUGUCUAAGGAUCAUUCAUUGUCUUUGCUGAAAAGAGCGCUGAAACAAAUAGAGGUCAUAAAAAAUUCAAGGUCUGGGAUGCCCAAUUUUGAGUCUCAUCAGAUUGAAGCUAAUGAUUUACAGAUUUCUGUUGCGCAAUAUUUUGAGUUCCGUGGCACUGGAAAGGCUUCUCGUGAUGUUGACCCUCGUUUUGGAGUCAGCAAAGAGUCCAAUACUUCAUCUACUAAAGCAUGGUUAGAGAAAAUGAAAACCUUAUUCAUCAGGAAGGGUUCAGGGUUUUCAUCCCGUAGUGUUAUAACUGGGGACCCAUAUAAAGGGGUGAAUGAAAUUGGUUUACCAUUCGAAAUAGCUCAGAGAAUCACCUUUGAAGAGAGAGUCAGUCAGCACAACAUGAACUACCUACAGAAAUUGGUUGAUGAAAAGUUGUGCUUAACAUAUAGGGAUGGGAUGUCUACCUAUUCCCUAAGAGAAGGUUCGAAGGGUCAUACUUUUUUAAGACCAGGUCAAGUUGUACACAGAAGGAUUAUGGAUGGGGAUAUGGUUUUCAUAAAUAGGCCACCAACAACCCACAAGCAUUCCUUGCAAGCGCUGUCAGUAUAUAUUCAUGAUGACCACACAGUGAAAAUCAAUCCCCUUAUAUGUGGUCCCCUUAGUGCUGAUUUUGAUGGUGACUGUAUCCAUCUAUUUUAUCCCCAGUCCCUUGCAGCAAGAUCUGAGGUCUUAGAGUUAUUUUCUGUUGAAAAACAGUUGCUUAGCUCUCACACUGGAAACUUCAACUUGCAGUUGGCAACUGAUUCCUUGUUAUCUCUGAAGUUAAUGUUCAAAAAGUAUUUCUUUGAUAGAGUAGCUGCUGAGCAAUUAGCAAUGUUUGUUCCAGCUGCAUUGCCUAUGCCUGCUGUAGUCAAGUAUCGUAGUUCUGGUCCUUUUUGGACAGUUUUGCAGUUGUUACAGACUGCAUUACCUGCUUCCUUUGAGUGUAGUGGAGAAAGAUACUUGACUUACAGUAGCGAAUUGGUCAAACUUGAUUUUAAUAGGGAUCUAUUGCAGUCUACUUUUAUUGAUGUUAUUACAUCUAUUUUCUUCUCAAAAGGUCCUGAGGAGGUGUUAAGAUUCUUCAAUUUUUUGACACCCUUGUUGAUGGAAAAUCUGUAUUCCGAGGGGUUUAGUGUGUGUUUGGAGGAUUUUUAUAUCCCAAAGGCUAUUAUUGAGGGUGUCCAGCAAAGUCUUCAAGAUGUUUCACCCUUGCUAUAUCAUAUGCGCUCAACUCAAAGUGAAUCAAUAAAAUUACAGCUUGAAAAUUUCUUGCGUGGCGUAAAAUCUCCUGUUUCAAAUUUUGUUCUUAAAUCAUCUGCAAUGGGGUAUCUGAUUGACUCUAAAAGUGAGUCAGCUCUGAAUAAGGUAGUCCAGCAAAUUGGAUUUUUGGGGAUGCAGAUAUCAGACAAGGGGAAAUUUUAUUCCAGCACAUUGGUAAAUGACCUGGCACAGCUCUUUAAGAAAAAGUAUCCUUCUAGUGGUCACUAUCCUUCUGAAGAAUACGGUCUAGUUCGGAGCUGUCUCUUUUAUGGACUGGACCCAUAUCAAGAGAUGGUUCAUUCAAUCUCUAGUAGGGAAGUUAUUGUUCGUUCAACCAGAGGAUUAACAGAACCAGGAACACUUUUCAAGAACCUUAUGGCAAUCCUCCGUGAUGUCGUCAUUUGUUAUGAUGGCACGGUCAGAAAUAUGUGCAGCAAUUCAAUCAUCCAGUUUGAGUAUGGAAUGAACCACGGGAUUUCCUUCCAAAGUGAGUUUGGUGCUGGUGAACCUGUUGGAGUAUUGGCUGCAACUGCCAUGUCCAAUCCUGCAUACAAAGCAGUCUUAGAUUCUUCUCCAAGUAGUAACUCUGCUUGGGAGAUGAUGAAGGAGAUAUUGCUCUGUGGAGUCAACUUCAAAAAUGAAGUUUCUGACCGCCGCGUGAUACUUUAUCUGAAUGAUUGUGGUUGUGGGAGAAAGUAUUGCAGAGAAAAUGCUGCAUAUGUUGUCAAAAAUCAGUUGAGGAAAGUCAGUCUCAAGGAUGUUGCAUUUGAACUCUUGAUAGAGUAUAGACAACAAUAUUCAGUGUAUGAGAGCUCUCAAACUGAUACUGGCCUUGUAGGUCAUAUUCAUCUCAAUGAGGCAAUGAUGAACAGUUCAAAUAUUACCAUGAAUGAGAUUCUAUCUAAAUGUGAAGAAAGAAUCAUUUCCUACCAGAAGAGGAAAAAAGUUGGUUUUAAGUUCAAGGGAGUUCUUUUAGGAGUCAGUGAUGAUUGUUCUUUUCGGCAGUCUUCUGCAAGAAAGUUGGCAGAGACUCCAUGCUUGAAGUUUAUCUGUCAAGAUGCAAGUGACUAUCAAUUAGAGCAAAGAUCUCAUGUUCUUGCUGAAACAAUUUGCCCAGCUUUGUUAGAAACUGUAAUUAAAGGUGAUCCAAGGGUUUCAACUGUUAAUAUAAUCUGGAUUAGCCCUGAUACAUCAACUUGGAUUAGUAGCCAAUGCAAGAGCCAAAGGGGUGAACUGGCUUUGGAUGUUGUUCUUGAGAAGGAUGCGGUGAAGCAGACUGGUGAUGCUUGGAGGGUUGUGAUGGAUGCCUGUCUUCCUGUCACCCAGUUGAUAGAUACAAACCGCUCUAUUCCAUAUGCCAUCAAGCAAGUCCAAGAAUUGCUUGGAAUUUCUUGUGCAUUUGAGCAAGCUGUUCGGCGCCUAUCAACAUCAGUAAUGCUGGUUACAAAAGGUGUUCUCAAGGACCAUCUUGUGUUACUGGCUAACAGUAUGACAUGUGCUGGUAACUUAAUUGGCUUCAAUAUUGGAGGUAUAAAAGCUUUGUCACGAUCGCUAGAUGUGCAAGUGCCUUUUACAGAAGCAACAUUAUCUGCUCCAAGGAAGUGUUUUGAGAGAGCUGCUGAAAAGUGCCAUGUUGACUCUUUGUCAAGUGUCGUAGGGUCUUGCUCCUGGGGUAAACAUGUAGCUGUUGGUACAGGAUCACCAUUCGAUAUUCUUUUGGACACGAAAAAGGUUGAACUCAACCAACCAGCUGGUAUCGAUGUGUAUGAUUUCCUUCAGUUGGUCAGAGGCAGCUCUGGCGGAGAUGAAACAAACACCACUUGUCUUGGAGCAGAAAUUGAGAAUCUGGACUUGGAAGAUGAAGCUAUGACUUUUGACUUGUCUCCUGUUCGCGACUCUGAUCAGCCAACUUUUGAAGAUAGACAUGAGCUUGAAAACAAUUUAGCAAAUCCAAGGUCCAAGGAGAGCAUCCAGAGAGAAUUGGGUUGGGAGAGGGAUUCACCUCAGACUGCUGAACUAGGUGGUGGUUGGGAAAAGGCAAGCAAAGCCCAAAAUACCAGUGCCAACGUGCUAGUGUCAGAUUCUGCUUGGACUAGUUGGGGUGGUGGUACAGUAGGCAAGGAGGACAACUUCUCCAAGAUGGCAAAAGAAGAUUCACGCAGCUUUACUGACUGGAAUUCUACACAACCUGGUAGUUUGAAGCAGUCAGGAUCAUCAUCUGCGUGGGGGAAAAUGGUUGAUAAUGAAAGGGAUUCGUCUUUUGCUGCUGAACCCCGUAGCAGCUGGGAGCAGGCAGCUGAUAAAUCUGGAAAUGUUUGGACCGGUAAAAAAGUCUCAGAUUCGGCUUGGUCCGGUUGGGGUAGUAGUCCAGUCGAUAAGGAGGCCAGGUUCUCUAAUGGCGUCCAAAAAAAUUCUCCGAAGUAUGGUGAGUGGGGUGCGAAGGAACCUCAAAGUACUGGCGAACAAUCAGAAUCUUCACCUGCCUGGAAGAAAAUUGAUUCUCUGGGGAAUUUACCUUUAACUGCCAAAGCCAGUGGAGGUUGGGAUCAGAAAUUUGACAAGGACCAAAGGCAUGCAGCCCAAACAACAGCACUGGAUCCAGAUUGGUCCAGUUGGAAUAAUUGUGAACCAGUUGAAAGAGAUAGCUUUUCUAAGAGGGUUCAAGAAAGAUCUUCCAGUGAUGGUGAAUGGGGCAAAAAAUCUCAAGAUACUGCCAAGCAGUCGGGAUCUUCAUUUGGUUGGGGGAAGAAGUUUGAGGCUGGGAGUAAUUCACCUUUAACUACAAACGGGAGUGCUUCAUGUGGUAGUGGAGGUUGGGAGCUGGCACUUGACAAAGCCCAAAGGCUUGUUUCCCAAGCAACAGUUAGUGAUCCUACUUGGUCCAGUUGGGGAUCUGGUGAAACAAACAAGGAAGAGAUAAUAUUAAACAGUGGCCAAGGAGAUACUUCCAAUGAUCAUAAAUGGGGUGCAAAGGAAUCUGAAAGCACAGGGAAGCAGUCAGGAUUUUCAUCUGGUUGGGGGACAAAGGCGUCUUCUAAUGAGAAUAAGACAGAUGAAAACAAGGACCCAGCUACAGUCACUACAGAAAAUUAUAGUGAUUGGUCCAAGAUGAACACUGAUGCAGUUCAAGGUGAACGUAGCUUGCCUACAAAUUCUGAAGAAGGUUCUUGGAGAUCUGGUGGAGCAGUUGGAAUUGACAUUGAUGGAGAGAGGAACAAAUCUACUGGCACACACGCGUGGGAGAAUAAGAAAGAUGCACAUUCUCAGAGGGGUCCACGGAAAUGGUUUAAAGGGAAUGGAAAUGAAAGUUCUCGAGGUUGGGGUUCACCCAGUAACGGAGAUUGGAGAAACCAAAGAAAUCGUCCUGCUAAGGCUGUUGACAAUGUUGGUGCAAGUGGAACUUUCACAUUAACAAAGCAGCGGUUGGAUUCUUUCACAGCAGAGGAACAGGACAUUCUUUCGGAUUUCGAACAGAUGAUGCAGACCAUCAGGCGAAUAAUCCAUCAGACUGGGUACAAUGAUGGUGAUCCUCUAUCUGCUGAUGAUCAGUCAUAUGUUGUAGAUAAUGUCCUCAAUUAUCAUCCAGAGAAAGUAUUGAAGAUUGGUGCUGGAAUCAAAUAUAUAAUGGUUUCUAAGCACGCAAGCUUUCAGGAGAGUAGGUGUUUUUAUGUUGUCUCUACUGAUGACCACAAGCAAGAUUUUUCAUAUCGUAAAAGCCUGGAGAACUUUGCCAGGAUAAAGUAUCCUGACAAGGCUGAUGCUUUCCUGGCAAAGUAUUUCAGCAGAAAGCCUCCCCGUCCUGGUUGGAGCAGAGACCAUGCUUCUACUCCAGAUGAAGCUGGAAGUCGGCAAGAACAGUAGUUCCUUUUUCCAGCUAACAUCCUACCAGUGACAGGAAGUUUGCUGCUCAUUUUCCUCUAGAGCAGUCAUUAGUGUUUAUCUUUGCUAUUCCAUCGAAUCUGACAUCCAACCUAGGAAAACUUUAGCUUCUUUAUUGGCACUUCAGUUGUACAGUUGUACAGGCAUCUAACUUAAAUCAGGACUUGUGGUUGCUGGAAAGUCACUGUAUCCACAGGGAAGUCUAGCUGUACAUCCUUCUGCUGAGCAAAAGCCAUUAUCGGUUAAUUAAAAUCCUAGCCAUUAUCGGUUAAUUAAAAUCCUAUCUUCUUCAGAAUCAUAUUUUAUGUAUCAAUAUCGUUUGCAAUU